GUUAGUAGCCUACACGGACUGUGCAGUUUUGCAGAGCUCCUACUAAACGAACAGUUGCGACAAACGGGAAAUACUUCAAUAGUUUCUAGAUGGGAUUUAAAUCUGCCACGCAUAUUUCCAAUACAGAAGAAGAAGAGAAUAAUCUUCACGGGAGCUGAGGAAAUCGACACUGAACAACGAAUCGAGGAAUUCCACGGACCAUAGUCAAAGAUGUCUGUGAGCAACCACGAGAACCGGAAGUCCCGGUCCAGCUCGGGCUCGAUGAACAUCCACCUCUUCCACAAGACCUCGCACGCCGACAGCCUGCUGACGCACCUCAACCUGCUGCGCAAGCGGCGCGUCUUCACGGACGUGGUGCUGCGCGCGGGCAACCGGGCCUUCCCCUGUCACCGGGCCGUGCUGGCCUCGUGCAGCCGAUACUUCGAGGCCAUGUUCAGCGGCGGCCUGAAGGAGAGCCGCGACGCCGAGGUGGACUUCCACGAGGCGCUGCACCCCGAGGUGCUGGAGCUGCUGCUGGACUACGCCUACUCGGCGCGCGUCAUCAUCAACGAGGAGAACGCAGAGUCGCUGCUGGAGGCCGGCGACAUGCUCCAGUUCCACGACAUCCGGGACGCCUCGGCCGAGUUCCUGGAGAAGAACCUGCACCCGUCCAACUGCCUGAACAUGAUGCUGCUCUCCGACGCCCACCAGUGCCAGCGGCUGUACGAGCUCUCCUGGAGGAUGUGCCUGGCCAAUUUUGCCACGCUGCACCGCACCGAGGACUUCCUGAACCUGCCCAGGGACAAGAUCCAGGAGCUGAUCUUCAGCGAGGAGCUGGAGGUGGAGGACGAGAGCCUGGUGUACGAGGCCGUCAUCGACUGGGUGAAGGCGGACAUGGAGAGGAGGCACGGCGACCUGCCGGAGCUGCUGCGCUGCGUGCGGCUGGCCCUGCUGCCCGAGACCUACCUGCUGAAGAAUGUGGCGUCCGAGGAGCUGGUCAUGGGCCACAAGGUGGGCCGCGAGAUCGUGGAGGACGCCGUGCGCUGCAAGAUGAAGAUCUUGCAGAAUGACGGCGUGGUGACGGGCUUCUGCGCCCGCCCGAGGAAGGUCAGCCAGGCGCUGCUGCUCCUGGGCGGACAGACCUUCAUGUGCGACAAAGUGUACAUGAUCGACCACAAGACCAAGGAGAUCACCCCUAAGACGGACAUACCGAGCCCUCGCAAAGAGUGCAGCGCGUGUGCCAUCGGCUGCAAGGUGUACGUCACGGGCGGCAGGGGCUCUGAAAACGGGGCGUCGAAGGACGUGUGGGUGUACGACACGCUCCACGACGAGUGGUCCAAAGCAUCGCCCAUGCUCGUCGCUCGGUUCGGACACGGCUCAGCAGAACUCGAUCAUAACUUGUACGUAGUCGGGGGACACACGUCUUUAGCAGGCUCCUUCCCAGCCUCCCCGUCCGUGUCCCUCAAGCAAGUAGAACAGUACGACCCGCAGGCCAACAAAUGGACGCUAGUGGCCCCUCUGCGCGAGGGGGUCAGCAACGCGGCCGUGGUCGGAGCCAAGAACAAACUCUUUGCCUUCGGAGGGACCAGCGUCAACAGGGAGAAGUAUCCCAAGGUGCAAUGCUUCGACCCGUGCGAGAACCGCUGGACGGUGCCCGCCAUGUGCCCACAGCUGUGGCGCUACACGGCGGCGGCGGUGGUGGGCAACCACGUGGUGGUGAUCGGCGGAGACACAGAGUUCUCGGCCAGCUCGGCGUACCGCUUCAACAGCGAGACGUACCAGUGGUCCAAGUUCGGCGACGUGACCGCCAAGCGGAUCAGCUGCCACGCCGUGGCGUCUGGGAACCGGCUCUACGUGGUGGGCGGCUACUGCGGCGCGCAGAGGUGCAAGACGCUGGACUGUUACGACCCCUCCACGGAGAAGUGGGACAGCAUCACCAGCGUGCCCUACUCGCUCAUACCCACGGCCUUCGUCAGCACGUGGAAGUACCUCUCGGCGUGACGCCCGCAGCAGCCGUGUUUAAUCUGAUCAUCGGCUGGGCGGCGUUGGAAUGCCUGCGUGUGUGUGUGAGCCUGUGUCCCCUCUGUGGCUGAGGAAUGUGGAGGGGAUUGGAGUGGAGUGGCGAAGGAGAGGAGAGGAGAGUGGGUGGGAGGUGGGAGGUGUUGUGUACCGUUGAGGUGGGGGACUGGUGGUGAGCUGUCAGAGUCACAUGGACCGUACAGCAGAUCAGUGGAGGAUGAACCGGGACUAAUGACAGAGCUAUGGCCAGUAGAACCCCCCCGCACAGCCUCACUCCCACCCCUCUGGAGACAGCGUCUUAAGAAGCUUCCCUCCUUCUCACUGCUCCACUGCGUCGUCUCCCCCACCCCCAGCCCACCUCCACUCUCUCACCACCCCUCCCUGAGCAAAUACCUCUGAGCUGUGGUGGGCAUUACGGAGGGCAGGGGUAGACCCGUGAGUGAGCCACCAUGCCCUCAUGUCAUGAGAUGGUGGCACCUGGACUGGCAUGGAAAAGCCCAACUGACUGAAGCGUGAUGGAGGGGCUUAUUGUUGGGGUAUCAAAAGGCGAACUCAACUUCAGGAGUGAAAUAAAUAACUUUGUUCGGUGUGCGAAUAAGCUACAAACUUAAAAGUAGAUGAAAAAUCCGCACUCACAAGCUGAGUCUUAUUAUUUGCGGUAAAUUUGCGGGAGGGUGAUGACUUAAGGGACGAAAUGCGGACAUGGUGGUAACUGAUGACUAAAUAAUGAGACUCAGCUUGAGCUUGUUGUUGGGGCAUUAGCAGUACACUGCUACCGAGAUGGUGAUACUAAAGACUGUAACUCCUAUCAAGACCCUCUUUUGAAACGUAACAACAAUUUUCAUCCUACCAAACCUUCUUAUAAAGGUUAUCUGGGUUCUGUACAUGGAUAAGUCUGUUGGAAUUUUUUUUGAAAGCCUUGUGGUUAAAAUGCCUUACAUAUCAAAAAUCAGCAAUCCCCUCUUGUUGUACGAAAUGCUAUGUGGAGAAUGUACUUCACAGCUUUUAAAUGUCUCAAAUGCCUCUAGAAAGUCUGACUCUUUAGAUGUCUGGGGAUUUGAGUUUGUUCCUUUAUUAUCUGUAUAUGUGUGUUUGUAUGUUCUGUAUGCCUGUACAUGUAUAUAUAGAACUUGUAGAUAGUUUUUUAUAUUUGUUGAUGAAAAUAGUUGUAUAGAUUGUUACCGUGUUGUCUAAGUAGUUUUUUUGUGAAUGUAUCUAUACCUUAGGAAAUACACACCCUCCGCCUCUCCUCUCCUCUCCUCUCCUCUCCUCUCCUCUCCUCUCCUUCCCUCUCCUCUCC